UGGAAUCCCAUUGAAUAUGUGACAGCCGCUCUGUUUCUUGAACAGAUUUAAAAAAUUAAGCAACGUCAGCUAACGUCAUGGUUUCUUUACAAGACUUAAGAGUAUGGGCAGAAAAACACAAUAUGUAUAUGGACUUCAAGGGUCAAAAGAUGGCCGAAAGAUUAAUGAAUAUAAUCAUGUUUGUAUUUUUGGUCAUUGCAUUUCCUGUAGGAUAUUAUAAACAACAAAUGUCAAUCAGUGUCUUCCUUGUUCUCAUAGGCUGCUUGGUAACAGCUGUUGUUGUAUUACCUCCAUGGCCGUGCUACCACAAGAAUCCUGUUAAAUGGUGUCAAGAAUCACAGAAGAAUAGCAAAAAAACAGAAUAAGCUGCAAUAUGUUUCCUUUCACCCCUCUUUCACUUGUAUUUUUAUGUAUUCACUUUCGGACAGUAAACUACUUUCUCCAUAUCUGUUUUCUAUGCUCUAAGUGACGUAUGGGAUUUAGUUACCACUGCUACUUAUUCUGGUAUUUCAAUUAUUUUAAACAGUAACUGCUUACAGAUUGUAAAAAGCCUGCAAUAAUUGUCCGUGAGUGUAAAUAUGUAUGAUAGGAGACUUGAGAGGAUUUGGAAGGCAGACUAAACUAUUUUUGUGGCCUUGCAACUUUUAAACACUUAAUUUAUACUUUUUUAAUGGUUGUAUGUCAAAUUUUUACGAGUGAAAAUUGAGGACCACCGUACUAGUUGAGGUCUCAUUACAUUUU